GCCACGCAAGCCAGUGAAAUCAUCAUAACAUUGAAUUUGAAGAGUCUUACUCACUCUGACAUGAUGUUUUUAGCUUUUUAAUUUCGCUUUUUCCGAUGACGACUAUUUCCGCUCAUCUAGGACAGGCGGAAGUUAGAGAAAAACAAAAAUAUUUGUGCGCACUGCUACUAAAACAUGUGGUUGGUCGCCGUGAAAGCAGCAACCAGCGAUAGCUAGCAAAUGGCUCCUCGGCUGUGAUGUUUGUUACUGUGCGAAAUGACAAGACGACGAGCAAAAUAGUUGUGAAAGUGCUGGAAGCCUGUGACCUGUACAGUGAAGCUGUUAGUUAACAGUAUGUGACACAUUAGCGCUCUGCUUACCAUAAAAGUUGGUUUAAUUCAAGAUGCCUCGUCUGGAAGAGCUGGCUAACGUUGCUCUCAGGGUGCCGAGCAUACUGGUGCUGGACCUGCUCUACAAAUGUGACAUUGAAGGUUUAACGGAGCACCUCAAGGCCAAAAAUGAAGACAUGCUCUUCAAAUACAAGUAUGUCAUCUGGAACAUGUAUUACCUUGGUCAUCUGAUAAAUGUGGUGGUGUUAAUCCUGCCAUUGAGACACAUCGUGACGCUCUACCUCCAUAUUCUCACUGCCCUGCUCCUAUACAUGGGGCACCAGAUUUCCAAGGAUUACGUUCGUGAAGAGCUGCAGUACGGUUAUGAAGGAGCAGUGUACCGUGAUUCUUUGGCCUUCAACAGAUUUGUGUCUGCAAUGACUAGUCAGAUUAUUCUCAGCACGCUGUGUGCCUUCCUGAUGAAGACCAGAAAGGUGUGGCUGUUCUCUGCUCACUUGCUCCCUCUGCUGGCCCGACUCUGCGCCACGCCUCAUGCCUCGCUACUAACGGUCAACACUUUCUCCAUGGGCCUGACUGGAGCAGGGAUCAUCGUGUUCCUCCUAUCAAAUAUCUUUGUGCCAUACCGCCUCGCAAGGGCUGCCUACUCAGAGUUUCUUCACUUGGAGGUGAUUGAGCUAUACAGACUUCUGGGUGUAGGAAUCUCUCUGUGGAACCAGUUUGCCGUCCCAGUGCUCUUCAGUGUCUUCUGGUUUAUUCUAUUUAUUGUCCAGCUGUGCUCAGACAUCAUGUCCGCUGGGCCUUCGAUAGCCCAUCAAGGGAUUAUGUUCUUCCUGCUCUCAAGUGUCUCUGAAUGUUGUGCGACACCGUACUCUCUUCUGGGUCUGACCUUCAUGGUGUCCUAUCUGGCUCUGGGGCUGCUCAAUCUAUGCAAGUUUUACCUGGGAGGCUUUGCUGCUGUUCAGAAUGAGAAUGUUAUGCACAGAGGUGUGACUGAGGGCGUCACUCUGCUCCUCCUUGCCCUUCAGACAGGCCUGUUGGACAUGCAAGCACUGCAGCGCACGUUUCUCCUCAGCAUCAUCCUCUUCAUCGUGGUGACUUCAACCCUGCAGUCAAUGAUAGAAAUAACAGAUCCAGUUAUUCUGGCACUGGGUGCGUCACGCAACAGGAGUCUGUGGAAACACUUCCGUGGCAUCAGCAUGUGUUUGCUUCUCCUGGUUUUCCCAGUGUUUAUGGCUUACAAGAUCUCCCAGUUCUUCCACAUGGACUUCUGGCUCCUCAUACUGGUAUCCAGCUGCAUGCUGACUUCUCUUCAGGUUACAGGCACUAUGCUGAUCUACUCCCUCUUCAUGGUGGAGCUGUUUCGCAGCGACCCGAUUGAGAGCCUGGACGAAGUGAUUUACUGGGUGAAUGCCGUCAGCAGGGUGCUGGAGUUUGUCGUGGCACUGUGCGUGGUGGCUUAUGGUACCUGGGAGUCGCUCUUUGGAGAGUGGAGCUGGAUGGGCGCCUCUGUCAUUAUCAUCCACUCCUAUUUCAAUGUUUGGCUCAGAGCUCAAUCUGGCUGGAGGAGCUUCCUGCUCAGACAGGAAGCAGCUAAGAAGAUCAACUCCCUGCCCAGAGCCACAGCUCAACAGCUGCAGCAGCACAACGACGUCUGCUCCAUCUGCUUUCAGGAAAUGAGCUCUGCUGUGAUCACAUACUGCGGACAUUUCUUCCAUGGCAACUGCCUCCGCAAAUGGCUGUAUGUUCAGGAGACGUGCCCCAUGUGUCACCAAACGGUACGACCGACACCACCGGGUCAGAGCCAGGCUUCAGCUGAUGCUCCAGCUGCUCCACCUCAGAGAGAAUCUGGGCCAGAUACAGCUGCACCAGAGGAAGAUCAGAACCUGGAUACGGGCAGGAACAGGCAGGAGACACAAAGCAACAAUGUAACUCCUGAUGCCACUGAGCAGUGGGAGGAAAGGGAAGGCUUUGAAGAUGGAGAAAAUAAAGAGCAGCCGGCUGAACCUCACAGUGAAGACCACCAAGGGCUUCAUUUUGGCCCCAGUGGAGACUGUGCUGAAUGUGUCCAUGCAGUGUCUUCAGGGAACCUCUCUAGUUCUAUUAUGCCAUUGAGUAAAAGUCCUCCUAACACUUCCAACCAAGCUGAGGAGAGUGAUGAGGACUUGAUACUGCCAUCAACCCUGGAAACUGUUACUGAGAACACAGCGGAGGGCCGGUCUGUGUCUGAAUUAGGAGGACUUGAGGACAGUGUUCAUGUCCAUCCUAGCUGUGAUGGGACAGCUCAAUCAUGGAAAAGCUUUGAUUCACCAGUGGCAAACAGUACAGAGAAAAAUCAAGAGCCAAUCUCAUGUGGCAAAACCCUUGUUGACAGUCCAGCAUUUGUCCAGUCGUGUAAUAAAAACUCAGAACUUUGCAUUGACUGUUCUCAGCUUCAUAAAGGUAGCUGCGCAUAUACAGACUCAGAAAGGCUCAGAGAGGGUGGACCUGCUCCACAGAGCCUCGGGCUGUUCUCAGACACCACCAUCCCAUGUACAAGCACAGACACCAGUGACUGACUGCCCUGUAUCAGUGCCUUGAAGGGUAUGAAAGUAUAAUAGGAAAUUAAAAAAUUAAAAACAUUUGGCUUCUCUAUGCGAAUGAGUAGAUUUAACAAAAAAAAUAAAAUAAAAAUUACCUGACAGUAUAAUGAAUGUGCUUCAGUUUAGCAAAUGUGUAGCUGGACUGAAUAAUGAGAUUAAAUUGUGUUGGGUAAUUGUACAAUUGUAAAAAAAAAAAAAAACUGUUAAAGAUUGUUUAAUAAAAAAAUAUGUAGCUAUAAAGCAAUGAUCUUGGAUCAAUAUUUACUGAAUU